ACAACAAUAACAAUAACAACAAUAAUAACAUAAGCAAAAAGUAAAAAGUAAACAACAACAAACUUGCCAAGUAAGAAGCACCUUAGAAUAAAACAAGCCGCAAUUGUGGCACUGGCGACAGUUGCAACUUUAACGGUUGCAGCAAUCAGAAUCGAAUCGUAGUUGGUUGGAACUACGAAGUUGGCAUAGCGGUUUUAUAUCGUAAGCGUCUAAUUCCACACCAUCUUCCAUAUUCGCACUAUCAGCAACAACAUCAACAUCAACAUCAGCGUCAACAUCAUUGCCAGGCAGGACUACACAAUGGAUUUAUGGUUUUUAUUAUGUUUGCUGCUCUUAAACAAAACUGUCACAGUAUUUGGACAAUUGGGUGGCAGUUUAAUCAUGUUGACCCCAUCGACGCCAUCAAUAACGCAUUUCGUAAACGACUCCUUUAUCAUAAAGUGCAACCCCCUACAAAAGGAUAUCAACGUCAAAUGGAGGGAUCCGAAGGGCAUAACAUUCGAGAAUAAAAAAGGACGUGUUCAUAUCGAGCAGCGCGAUAAAAGUGGCUGGGCUCUGGUCUUCACGCAUAUUGCCCUCGAGGACAAAGGCAAUUGGACUUGCGAAGCAUCACUGGCAGAUGGUGCUGCUGCACGAGAGGCAAAAAAAUCCUUCGAGCUGCUUGUGAAUCAAAAAAUCUCAUUCGACAAAACGGAAAUGGUGCAAUCAGCACGCGAAGGUCGGGACGCAACUGUAUAUUGUUUCGUUAAAGGCGAUCCCAUGCCAGAUAUCUCCUGGCUAUACAAUGGCGAGUACAUUAACACUGCCAGUUCGACCAAACACAAAAGGCUCUCUGAUGGACUCUUCAUUAAGAACGUUACGCAGGCGGAUGCUGGCGAGUACACAUGUCGCGCCAUGCGAAUAACACCAACCUUUUCGGAUUCCGAUCAAAUUACGAUAUUGCUAAGGAUACAACAUAAGCCGCAUUGGACCUUUAAUGAAAGUGAGCGCAUACAAUUCGCCUACGUUGGUGGGACAGUAAACAUAUCAUGCGAAGCCAUGGGCGAACCACCGCCGUCUUUCAAAUGGGUGCAUGAUGGCAGCGCAUUAGCUGGUCGCAAUUAUCGUGUUUUCUACGCCGAUUAUGGUUCUACAUUGCAAAUCCAUGUGAAAAACGAAACGCAAUUUGGCGAUUACAAGUGCAAAGUUUCAAAUCCUUUGGGCAUGUUGGAGCGUACCAUUAAUCUGAGCAAGGGACAAAAACCUGGCAGGCCAACACGCUUUCAGCUAAAACGCUUAUUCGUUGAUGGAUUCGAACUAGAUAUUAAAUCAGUUAAAUACUCCAAUGUGGAGGAAAACAUGCAAAUUUUUGGUUAUUGCGUUGAGUACAUGAGUGACAAUGAUUUCAAAUACAGCGCAGGAAAUUGGAGCUAUGCAAAAAAAAAGGAAUUCUCAUUCCAUCAAGGUAACCGAUUCAUCAUAGUCGGUCUAGACCGAAAUACAACUUAUUUUUUGCGUGCUUCAUCAAGGAACUUAGCUGGUUUAAGUGAUUGGACUCCAGUCAUGCAAUUCGCUACAUUAUCUAAUUUCUCCAUAAAAUUAUCAAACGUCUCGAUAUGGAAGACGUGUCUCGUAGUUCUCGUAGGAUUUAUCGUCGUAAACCGUUUCAAGCAUUUCUAAGCUAAAUUGUUUAGAACUAAAAACCGUAAACAAAACAAUAAAAUCAAGAACAACAACAAAGUAAAAAUAUACUAUAAACCUAAUCUAUACUUAUUGUAAUCGUCAAAGUUAUUAUCUCAUUUAUUUUGUCUGUACCUGAUUUAUUUCGUAUACUUAAAGUUUGAGGAAAAUACACGAAAAUAUUUAUUUGUAUUUCUGUGAUAGAUUUAGUCAAUUCUUUGAACUAUGAUUUCGCACUCAAGAAUCGACGACCGACCGAUUUGUUUGACAAAUUCCGCAUUUCCAUUAAUUAAGACAUAAUUUCUAUUUUUAUUAUAUAUAAAUAUAAAUAUAUUUAUUUAAUAUGAGUCUAUAGUUACAUAUAUAUGUGCGUGGUUAUGUUAGUUGUUAAAGCUUGAUUGUUACUAAUUUAAAAGAUUAUUGCCAUCAUUAACGUUAAUUAUUAAGAAUAAUUUUGAUACCAAAGUUUUUCAUUUUUGUAUGAAAUUUAUUGAUCAAUGUUAAAUGUAAAACAUAAGAAACAUAAGACAAACUUCGAAGAUUUUACUAAUGCAUAAUAAGUCCAAAUAAAGUAAAUAAUAUUAAAUUAUAAUAUUGUACGAGAAAAAUUAUGAAGAAAUAAAUAUAGCUUAAAUAUACUUAAAAUACCAGAAACCAAAAAUGAUUAUGAGAAUUGAUGACAUUACA